UGUGGGUUGUCACUUCUUCAGUUUUCAUGUAUUUUUGUGUCGGAAGUUAUUAUUGAUUCAUUUUGAUAAAUUUACUUUGAUUAUGUUAAAUUGAUGUUCCCGAACGAAGACAAUUCAUCCCUGCACUAAAAUAUUCGCAAAAUGGAAAUGCAAAUCGAAGAGGAAUGGUCGAGGUCAUUCGAAGUCAUCAAAUCGAAGCAUAAUCUCGCCUACAAGACCAUCGAAACGGCCAUACGGAACGAAGAACAGGAACAGCCUGAAGCGGCAAUGAUCAAUUACAAACUGGGAAUCUCGUUGAUCGAUGAAGGAUUGAGCGUUCAAGUGGCCGUACCCGACGAUUUAGAUCAGUUGGAUGAGACGUGGAGUGAUGCAUGCAAAAUGAUACACAAAAUGAAACGAACCCGAGGUGAGGUGUUGCAGCGACUCACGACUUUGGGUCAGAAAUACGAACUGGUAGAUAUGUGUGUAGAUGCAUCAGAUGGAGCCAGUUCUGCAUCCACAUCCAAUGGCAGCCCGAUGCGUCCACGAACCUAUUUCGAAUUGUCAGAGGAGCUACGAAGUAUGCGUGUCGACGACAAGAAAUCAAUCGAUGCGAUGGAAUUGCUGUUUUCGUGCGAAGGAGUCAAACUCUUUUACAUUUCCGACACAGGCAGUGUAACAACAUCGUCCGAAGAUUCAGUACUGCGAAUCGUCGAAGUGGCCGAGAAUCUCGAAAAGAAAUUGGAAAGAACUUACUUCCUGCAAAUAGUUGAAAAGCCGCACGUCGCCGACCCGUCAGAAUUGCAAGAUAUUAGCACCGAAGAGAUCGUCGAGAACGAUAUAUCGUGGGUGUAUCCGCUGUACCCAGGAACAUCACCAUGCUACCGUACAGAUUUCGGAGCAUUCGUUUUUCCCGAUCUGCAAGCCGAUCAACCUGGUUGUGCAAUUGGCAUUGUCAUUCCCUGUGGCAGCAAUGAAAUUGUCACGGAAAUUCUUGAAUCUCUUCUGCACGGAAUUGUAAAACAGGGAUUGUCUGACGAUGCCGAACAAUUGAGACGGACUCGUCGAGCCACAGCCGACACAGUAUCGCGAAAUCUGGUGAAAGGAGCGUACUGCAUUUCCAAUGGUUUGGUGAAAGGAUCCGAAAAAAUUGGCCAGUUCGUCACGUACAGUACACCAUUCGUUAUAUCGAAAAUUACUUCUGCUCCAAACAAUGCGGCUCCUGUAUCUGAGCGCGUUGUCAACGGAGUGGAGAUAGCGAAGUCAGCAACCACUGCUGCUGCAAGUAUUACUGGAUAUGUUGCGGGAAAGGUCGGUUCGGCCACAAUGGCUUUGGGAAAGUUUUUGGCGCCACACAUUCAACGACAGGGUUCAAAAUUACUGACAUCUGCAGGGUACAGCCAGGAAGAGGCCAACGAAACGAUGACCGGAGUUUUGAACGUGACAUCAGGUGCAGUCGAAGGAUUCUCCACCGUGUACUCGGGCCUGGAAAAGUCAGCCGGAAUACUAGGAACUAGUCUGAGCAACAAUUCCGUGAAAAUAAUCGAACACAAAUAUGGCCCGUCUGCAGGAGAAGUUGCAUCGGGUGCAUUCGAUACGGUCGGUAAUAUGAUUCAUGUCAGCCACAAUGUUAAUUAUAUGACGCCGAAAGGAUUGGCAAAGAAGGCGGCCAAGCAUACGGGCAAGGCCAUUGUGUCCGAAUUCCGAGCUCCAUUAUUGGAUGUGAAAUACGUUCCAGCCGGUUCGCUGUUUCCAGAUCUGAGUGAAUUUGCUAAGGCGGCUGCAUCGAAGCAGUGAAUUGUUUUUCCGAUUUUUUUUAUAUUCCAAGCAAGAGGCGGGUCUCGUUAACAAACCGAAUAUUUUUAAUGGGUCAAAGAAUACUCGUGGUUAUGAAUAAGAGAAAAUAUAUUUUUGUGUUG